UAUAUAAAGUCGAUUUCUUGAUGAAGGAAUGCAAUUGAGUUAAAUCAAACGACGAUUAAAAGACGAUCUUUAAGAUGAAGUCUUACGCAGUUUUGUUAUGCUUGAUGCUGUGUACAGCACCGUUUGUAAUGACACAAUCUCAAGCACAUGUAAUACCUUAUCCGGGUGAUUGCAGCAAGUAUCAACAAUGUGACGCAAGUGGUUGCUUUGUGUUAAGUUGUGGAAUAGGAACCGAAUUUAAUCCGGCUAUAAGUACUUGUGACUAUCCUCUGAGGGACCGUAGAGGAUGUGGCAAUCGUGGAUGAGAAUUUUAGUUUACAAAAAAGUUAUUGAAAAGAUGCAUUAUUUCGAAAUAUUUCAUUCCUGUUUGAACGAAUUUAACGGAUACUUGUCACAUUUUGUGUAAAUAAAACUAUGUAACAUUAAUUUAAA